UGGGAGCAGACGAAAAAAGAUGGAGGUGGAUUGAAGAUACAACUGAAUAAUAUCAGGGUACCUUAUUCCAUCAUGGAGACGAAACCCAUCGUUACAAGUCAUGGAAAUCAGGUUUUGUUUUCCUCGUUACAUUCUGCACUCCUGCAAGGACUGCCAAGGGAGCCCACAGAGUGGAGAAGGUCGUAUGGUAGACCCCCAAAGACUCUCAAGCUGGAGGCCAGCUUUGUUCCUUUUGAUGAAGACAUUCUCCCUCAAGACAAGGACAAGACACUUGUUAGUCGACCUUACUUUCACAUAUUUUGGACGGAUUGUGACCUUGACACCUACAAGCAAUCGGUGAAGGAAGAGUUACUAGAAUGGCACACAGCACUCAAAAACAAGAACAACCCAGACUGGCUGAUUGCAGUUGUUGUGAAUGAUGAAAGCAAGAUUAAGUCCAAACUGCUGCCCAGGUCCUCGGUCAUAGACAAAGUAAAAAAUGACUUCUGUAGCAAGCAACCGGACAGAUGUAUUGUCUUGAAUGAGCCACUUAAGCUGGACUCAAAGAGUCAAGAGUCUUGGAAUGGCUUUCUUGGCCGCCUGAGAGGACUAAUGUUACAAGCAUUUAGUCGACACCUCAGCAAGUAUGAGGAAAACAUGAGGAGCCUCAGAGAAAAACGAAAUGAACCUGGCUGGGACUUCGUUAACUUCUUCCUUGUUCAGGAGGAGUUGGGGUUUAUGUUUGAGAUGCUGGGUCUACAUGACGAUGCACUGAUUCAGUAUGAUGAAUUGGAUGCCCUGUUCUCACAGUUUGUUUUGACACAAGCCACCACUGGUAAAAAAGCAGCAUGGAUGUCAAAAUUUAUGAAGGACUGUACUUCCUGGGCAGGGCUGUCAUUGCGGAAAGCGAUCAACCUUGACAAACGUGACAAAGUCAAACAUAAUGAGGCCACCUUGCUGGAUUUCCGGAACUACCUAUUUUCUCGUCAGUGUGCACUGUUGUUCCUGCUGGAAAAACCAUGGGAAGUGGCUCAGAGGGCUGUCAACUUCCUCCACCAAACCAUACAAGAGGUCAACACACUCAAGGUCGUGAUGCCAGAGGCAGCCCUGGACUGCUGGGUGUUCCUCAGUUGUAUGGAGAUCCUACAGACAUGUGAAAAGCACACAGACUCCUCACAGAUGGAGGCCUACUCCCUGUACACGGCCAACCUCCGUGACUACACACGGCGUAAGCUUUACAGUAUAGGUGAGAUGUGUGGCCUGACACCGGACAAUACACCCUCCUCUGAACAGCUGACCAUGGUGCUAGAUCUUACAUCGGGCAUGGGUAUUGAGGAAGACUCAGAGGAAGAUUACUCCGGACCAAAUGUAUCCCACACACCCCGUCCCAGGGACAAGCUGAGAGAAGCAUUAUCGUCAAAUGACACUUUCCAAAAAAUAUUCCUGGAGCUGUCUGAAUUGACCAUGGGAACUUUUAAGCACAUAGGAAGAUUUAGAUCAGCAAGACUUAUUGGAAAGGACUUGGCAGAUUUCUAUUUGCGCCUUGGAGAAGCCCAGAAAGCUGAGAACUUUUUGGUGGAUGCCAUGAAGAGCUAUCAGCGUGAAGGAUGGCAUGCCUUAGCUGAUGGAGCUCUGCUGGAACUGGCCAAAUGCCAAAAGUUACAGGGUAUUGACCACAAAUACAUCAAAACCUGCUGUAGCAUAGCCACCAGUACCAACCUCCCUGAGGAUGUCCGACAGAUCCACCUACAGGACGUCAUAGAAACGGCUAAAAACAGUCCAGACACGUCAUUCACUUUGAAGUUAUCGUCUUUAUUCCACAUUGCUGAAGUGACAGUAUUGACCCCGAAGGUCAUUGUAGACCAGCCUUUAGAAGUAGAGGUCAUCCUCGUAAACAACACCCCUAGUGACAUUCAGUGUGACAAUUUGAAAACUUCGCUGAAGAAAACAAAUAAGCUGCCAAAACUUUUGUCCCAGAAGACGGCGGUGUUCAGACAGGCUAGUAAUAGCAGUGCCAAGGAGGCUGUACCUAACUUCAAUCCUGUUGCACAACAGAUAACCAGUAUACUCAAUGUUCAGGCCCAUUAUGAGGGAGCUCCCCAACGGCCAAAUACUGCUGGCAUUGUCUGUAUCAAUACCCAUGAAGUGUUACGCCGGGCAGACAGUUCUGGGCGGGGACCAAAGCUCACAGACACUCUCAAAGACUAUGAUGAUUUUACCAACUAUGCAAGUUGUGAUGAUGUUGUUAUCAAACCUGGAGAAAAUAAAUUAAUAUUUGUACAAAAGAAUACUAGUGCUGGUCACUACAAACUUGGACAGCUGUGGGUGAAAAUGAGAGGUAUGAACUUCAUCAAGUAUUUGGAGGCCGACCAGUUCUUCCUUGUUCACCAUGAUGAACCUAGCUGUGAAAUCAUUCCUGUUAGUGGAGAUAAGAUAGUGUCUGGUAUACAGCAGUGGGUGGAGCUCACUAUAGACCCCGGUAGCUUUAUACUGAAGGAGGGGGACGAGCUGACCUACUUGACCUCAGAUGGACUGACUGUGUGUCAGGAAGAGGAGGAGACAACUCUUCGGGUGUCAAAGAUUACAGAGCUUGGACAUGCAGUUUUCAGGAUCCUGUUGUUCCAUGAUAUCUACACAGUUGACCGCAAUGCUGAGGUACGCCUUGAGAGCGACGUGUUCCCUGAUCCAGUCUGCUGUUCAGUGAUGUUCUCCUGUCCAUUCCAUGUUACACACAAACUUCACACGGCCUCCAACAGGAAGUAUCUACAGAUCCUGGUCCAUGGUAAUACCAGGGAGGAUUUCACACUAGUCACACCCAACCUGACUGUCCAGUCACCCGACGUAGAGCUGCUGUCACUCAACAAGGCCAAUCAGGAACUGGUGGUGAACGGCAACAUGAAUGUGUCCUACAUGUGGCAGCUGAAGUCAAACACUAAAAACGUGAUCCAAACCAACCUCUGUUUCACCACCACAUUCCAUUCCAUACUGGACCAGGAAAACAAGAGCAGACAACUUUCAUAUGAAUGUAAUGUGGAAAACUUCAUGACUCUGUACACUGUGAAGACAAUCGUGUCCGCCCAGCCGGAGAUGGGAACAUGUAAGGUCGGGGCCAAAGCCACACUUCGCAUCCACAUCCGAUCACAUGAACAGGAUGAUGAGGAUGCCGACACGUCUUUGUCAUAUCAGGUCCUCCAGGACAGCAGUAUCUGGGCCCUGUUUGGCAAUACCUCAGGUGUGGUUCAGCUGUGUGAAGAUAUGACAGCUGAGAUCACCUUGGGUGUUGUUCCUCUAGUGUCCGGGCUGGUGCCGCACCCACCAGUACAACUCCUCAAAAACCAAGCCGAUGUUUGGUUCAAGCAAGGAGACAACAGCUGUAAUAGCAAAAAUGACAGCGAUAUUCCCAUGUCCAAUCCAGAGAAGAACUUGGUGACUACUCGCACUCUACCCUUCAGUCACGGACAGGUGUAUUACUCCAGUAUAGCUCAGCAAGUCCAUGUGUUACCAGAUGCUGGAGACUCCAACUAAAAUCCGUCUUCGUUGCUCACAUUGAAGAUUUUUCAAUCUCGUCAUCUCUUUAUAUAAUAGGAAAACAAAAUAAUGACAGAACCAGAAAAGUGUGUCCACAUCUACAGUUUUAUGGAAAAGAAAUUGACAAAUAAUAGGAAUGGGUUUUAAUCCAAGACUAAAACUAAUAAAUUAAUAAUAAUGCUUUAAAAAUUUAAGUGAGGUUAAUUAAGGGUGUAUAUUACCCUUCUUUUUCCUUUCCAAACAAGUUUGAGACUUAAGAAAUCAGCAAAUCUUUUUAUAGAAAUGUAAUAUCACGGGUGUUACUAUACAAGGUAGCAUAUGAUAUAUAUAAUAUAGCCUAACAGAUCAAGUGGAGUGAUAACUAGAUUUGGAUCGUUUGAAGAAGUAGAGGCUAGACUUUUGUCAACUCGGAUUAAGGCACAUUUAUUGUUCAACUAUAACUUGUAUGUCACCGCAAUGUGUUAGAUCUAUUUCACUUGUAUGUCUAUGGAAUGUGUGUGACAUGUAAGUUGUCCGUCUCUUGAAUGUGUGUUAGCAGGUACAUCAAAUUUGUACCGCACUAGAGUGUGUUUAAUAAUGAGGGAAAAAAUUGAUUUGUGUGUCUCGAGUGUAUAAGUUGAUUUGGGACCAUUGCUUGUUCAAAAGUCAGAAAUGGAAUUUCUGGUUUUAAGUACAUUACAGUAUGAAUCAUGUAUUACCAGCCAAGAGACUGUGAUAGUAUAUUUAUUUUACGCAAUAAAUAUUAUUCAAUAGUCAUUGUAGAUUUCUUUAUUUUUGAAUUGGUUUAAGAACUUUCAAAAGAUAUUCAGCCUGAUGACAUCAUUGAAAUGACACAACUACUUUGUAUGGUUCAAGAUCAGUAUAUACAUUGUAUAUAUAUAUACCAAAUAUCACAUACCACCAAAAGGACCAAUGGCGAAUCAGUAAGGGUAAUGCAAUGUAUUUUUGUCAGUAGCUCUCCGAAGGACCAAUAUGAGCUUAUGUCCUACGUAUACGUACCACCGUGUCCAAUGUCAGUCAUCAGUUCUUCAUAACGACUGCUUUUGAACAUUGAAUGGAAGUUCUCCUAAUUUGAAUGGAAGCAUCCUUAGGUGGUGUGGGAUUGGGAUACAAAAUUGUAGAAAAAGUCCAAAUCUGGUGUAGUUCUAAAGAGGGGAAGUAACUCCAAUUUAUAUAUUUUUUCUUCACAUUCCCCAUCAAUGAAGGCAUUAUUUGAAACAAAUGUCAUUCAAAUUGAUGCAGUACUUUAGGAGUUAAAUACAAACAAUGAUUUAAACAAAGAUUCAAAAUUCUAUUUAUAGGGGAGAUACUCUAUUUAAUAUACUUUAAUUCACAUCCCUUCAAUACAAUUGUUGUGUGUACAAAAUAUCAUUCAAAUCAUGCCGUGCGGUACUUUGGAAGGAGUUAUGAGAACAUUGUGUUUACAGACAUAAUACCGUUAAGUCAAAAACACUUAUACAUACAGUAUUUUGAAAUAUAUUACAGGAUGUUGGUUUAAUAUUAUGAUAUUAUUGUCAUGUACAUGGAUGAUCAUGUUAGUUUCAUGAUGAAUACAAGUUAUAAUUCAUUUAGUUUGGUGAUGUUUAAAAUGAAUUCAAAGCAAGACUGAAAAAUAUUCAACUCAUGGGUAAAAUAUACCUAUUAUUCAUCAUAACCCCUUGCGUUGUACAUACAUCUCCACAAUACCACGAGCUGCACUCGAGAAAUUUCAUAAAAAUAAAUAAAAAAACAUGUUAUGGUUUCAGGUAUAUGACCAUCAUGAUAAAAUAAUUUUAAUAUUACACUGUACAAAUACAAUUCCAUUUAUACAUGAUCACUUACAAAGGGUCCUGGCACUCUAAUUAUUCAACCAUAAGUCUCUGAUUAUCCUAAUAUGAUUACACAACUACAAAUCCUAUAUUCAAUGUGGGAUUAUUAUUGUCGGCCACAAACUCAAAUUUUCAGAAAUAUUUCUGAAAUUGCUUUAAAAUUUAAAAUGUUUUCUAAUGAUAAUUUCGGCAAUGCAAUUUUUAUUUUAAAACUUACAUAUGUUAGAUUAAAGAUUUGUAAAUAUCGGCCUUUAAAUGAAAUCAAACAAAACAACUCACAAAAAUAAUGUUGAUAUUGGACAUUAUGGACAUAAGAGUCUGGAACAUUAAGCCAUUUAGUUGCAGCAGAAAUAGUAUAUCUAUUAGACAAGUUCUCUACAAUAAAUUAUCUUUUCUUAUGUGAUAAAUGCAUGUCUUGUCCCAGUGAUUCUAGGCAUGAUUUAUGACCAGCUGUCUUGACUAUGAAACUGAUACAGGAUUAAAACUGUUGAUACUGACUGGUCGAGUUAACCCUUUCACCCCUAUGUAACUUUAGUAGACUCUACCAUGCAUUGAUCUGGACGAGUCCAUUAUGGUCUACAGUGUUGAAAGGGUUAAACUUGUUACAACAUUCAAACAAAUGUUUUAUCUCGUACAACACCCAACAUAGACUUCACACAUUUGAUAUGCAAUCUGCAUAACAUAUGUGUUGAUUUAUUCCAAAUAUAUUACAUGCACAUGAAUCAAUAAUACAGUAAACCAUAAGGUUUCAACCAAUAUGGUUGACCUUAUGAAUAAUCGUGAAAUCAAUUUUAAACUGAACAGAAAUACUCCCUGAAAGUUGAUGAAAUUUCAAUGUUCCUUGUUGAUCUGAUGAAAAUUGCACUAUCUAGUAUUUACAAUGUUAGGACUGUUCCAUAAUAGUCCAUGUAUAAGGGAGGUUGGAGACACUUGUAUUAAUGUAUAUUAUGGAUAGUGGGGACGUAACACCCUUCAAUUCCUUAUAUCAAACCAGGGCCCGUAUUCAUGAAUCUGUUGUCAUGCUCAAACUCAGACUCUGUGCUCAAGCCCAAUGUCUUUAUUGAUGAUUAAGUAGAAAAAAUCACAUUCUGUUGAUGAUUUUGGGGAGACAUCAAACACAAAUUCUGUUUACACUUAACUAAUUGACUGUGUCACAUACUUUGGCGAGUUACAAGAAAAACUCGUUUGAGCACAGAUUCCAUGCUUGAGCAUGAGAACAGUUUCGUGAAUACCAGCCCUGCUUCAACAUUUGAUACAUGAUUGGGCCUUUUAAAAAGUCCCAUCCCUUCCUUGCAGUUAAUUCUGGAACAGCCCUUAAAUGAUGUUGGACCCAAAUCAUAAAUUGAAAGCAAUUCCUUGUAAAAAAUCUUGUGUAUCACAUUAUAUUCUGUUAAAAACUGCAAAUGUCACAGCGUGAAAACUUACCCUUUACAUUUAUCAUGUCAAAUUUAAUUGUACAUAAAUCAUAUAUCCAAUGUCCUCUGUUCAAUUUCAUGAUUGUAACGAUGACGAUUGCAAUGAGAUGAGCACAUUAAAGAAAAUUCCCUAAUAUUAAUUUCGAAGCUAACCAGGAUGUUAAAGAUAAAAUAUUUCACCUGGAACAUCACAGUAUCAAAUUGAAUGAUAGUACAGUAAUCGAUAAACAAAUUUUCUACCAAAGAUGCAAUACCCUGUAAUUAUAGAAAUAUAUUGAUUUUUCAACAUACCAUGUUCAUGUAUUAUUAAUAAGAGGCCCAGAGGGCCUGUAUCGCUCACCUGGAUAUGUUAGCAAAAUUGAAGUUGAAAUAGCCAGAUGUUGCUGGAAGUGUACAUGUAUUACAUGGUUAGUCACAGGUUGUAUUUAUAUGCAAUUGGACAAUAUCCAGUCAUUCCUACAUGAAAAGGAGUAUUUUGAAGAAUUUGCUGUUUCCCCUACUGGUACUGGGCCCCGCCCCUCUGCCCCCAGGGGGGUCAGACCCAC